UAUUUACUGCUGAAAAUAAUAAAGCUAUUUUCACAAAGCAAUCUGUUUGGCCCCGGCGUGGUUUGCGCAGGCGGGAGGGGAAGGAAGUCUCCGAAGGUCUUCAGUCUCGGACGCGAUGCUAAGAUGGCGCGACCACCGCGCACAUUGCUGCCUCCGCUGCUGGUCCGGCUGGCGCUGCGCCUGCGACUUUGCGCCUACUGGUCGCUCGUCGGCGCCUUCUGCGCGCUGUGCGGCGCCGCGGCGCUGCUGCGGCUCUGCUGGAGCGCCAUCGCGCGGCCGUCGGCCACGUUCCGCUGGACGCCGCGCGAGGCGCCGCCGGCGUGUCUGCACGACACAUCCUUGGGUACGCACUGCUACGUGCGCAUCAAGGACUCGGGCCUGAGGUUUCACUACGUGGCGGCGGGCGAGCGUGGGAAGCCCCUGAUGCUCUUCCUGCACGGAUUCCCCGAGUUCUGGUUCUCCUGGCGCUACCAGCUGCGCGAAUUCAAGAGCGAGUUCCGCGUGGUGGCGGUGGACAUGCGAGGCUACGGCGAGUCGGACCUGCCGCUGGCCGUGGACUGCUACAGGCCCGAACUGCUGCUCGCCGACGUCAAGGACAUCGUGGAGCAUCUCGGGUACAACCGUUGCUUCCUGGUGGGUCACGACUGGGGCGGCACCAUCGCGUGGUUGUUCGCCAUCAACUAUCCGGAGAUGGUCGCCAAGCUCAUCGUCCUCAACUGUCCUCACCCGUCUGUCCACGCAGGCCCUGAAGGCCUUGUUCACCAGCCGCAGCACCGGAAUGGCCCGGAAUGGAAGAUGGCUGACGGCGGAGGAGCUGGAAGCGUACCUGUACGCGCUGUCGCAGCCUGGAGCUUUGACGGCUGCGCUCAACUACUUCAGAAAUGUUUUCAGCUCUCUGCCGUUGAGCCGCAACCAGGUGCGGUCGCCGGUGCUGCUGCUGUGGGGCGAGCGCGACGCCUUCGCCGAGCAGGAGAUGGCGGAGGCGUGCCGGGUGCACAUCCGCAACCACUUCCGCCUCAAUGUCAUCUCGGGGGCCAGCCACUGGCUGCAGCAGGACCAGCCCGACAUCGUCAACACGCUCAUGUGGACCUUCCUCAAGGAGGGCGACGGGCGCAAGGGUCACAGGAACUGACGGACGCUGGCAGAGCGAUGACCCCGGUCGUCCGUUUCGAAGCGCACACUGAGCAAAGGACGCACGAUACCGUCCUCCAUCUGCCGUUGCGUAAUCAUCCAGACAUUGUCAUGUUGGCCACUCCACAAUGUCGUGCUCGUGUACAUCCCGGAAGGAAACAUGAAGAUCGAAGACCACCUUGAUUCAAUUCAUUAAAGAAAAGCUCAUCAUCAUCAUCAUCAUCCCUCCAAAGCAGCACCGAGGCCAGCCAGACCCCUUUUUACCUCGGCGGUCCACAAUGUUUGUAGUACCAAGUUGUGGCACAACAUGCCGGGCAGCACUGACAUCCAGCGUAAUAGAAGAAGAAAAAGGAGAAGAGGUAGAGAAGGUCCACAACAUUUUUUCCCACAGAAUGGA